AUGGAAAUAUAGAGAUAGCUAAUAUUUAUUAAAUUUUUCUAUUAAUGGAUAUAUUCAAUAUAUUAAGGAUGGGUAAAUUCAAAAAAUGUAUUUUUAUUAUCUUACAAUAUAUAACCUAGAGAAAAAUAAAGUUAUACUUCUAGUAGUACAAUUAGAAAUUUAGAAUAAUUAAAAUAUCUAAUAUGGUAAGGAUAAUAUGGAAAUGAAAAUCAGAGAAUAGGUAGAUGGAGGGCAUAUUGGAGAGGAGAAGGAUUAAAUAUAGGUGGAUAUUAUGAUGAUAAAGGGAAGAAAUAGGGUAUUUGGAUAGAAUUAUUUGAAAAUUAUUGGGAGUAGACUUUAUUAAAAUAAAUAGUAAAUGUCCAGUAACCUAUUAAGGAGAAUAUUAAAAUGGUUGUAAAAGAGGAAUUUGGAGUACUUUUUAUAUGGUUUAAAAGAUGUAAGCUUAUUUAUUUAAAAAAGUGGAGGAGGUCUUUAUAAUGAAAAUGAAUUGAAGAAUGGUAAAUGGAUAGAUUUACAUGAAAAUUUUAAUAAGUAAAUUAGCUAUAUAAAAUAUAGUACUUUAUAAGUGAUUUAUUAAGGAGAAUAUCUAAAUGGAAGAAAAAUUGGAAUUUGGAAUAUACAUAGUUAAUAAAAGUUAUAUGGAAUAGGAUAUUACGAUGAAAAUGGUAAUAAGAAUGGAAAAUGGAUAACUAUGUCAUUUUAUAAUUUGGAAUCAGGUUAAAGUAUAGAGGCUGGAUAAUAUAAAAAUGAUAAACAAGUUGGAAGAUGGAAUGUUAUAUAAAAUAAUAAUUUGAUGUAAUAAUAUUAAUUUGAUUAAAUACAGUGGAGGAGGUGUUUAUGAUGAAAAUGGAAUUAAGAAAGGAAUGUGGAUAGAACUAGAUUAAAAGUAAGUAUAUUGAAUAAAAAUAAAGUGACUCAGAGGUUGGAGAAUAUAUAAAUGGUAAAAAAGUUGGAAUGUGGGACAUCAUAUUUAGAAAUAGUAUUACGUAUUAUAUUAAAUCCUAUAACGUAGUGGAGGAGGACAAUAUAAUGAAUAAGGUGAGAAAUAAGGAAAAUGGAUGGAAUUGAAUGAAAAUUACAAUAAGUUAAUAUAUAUAGAUCUCAUUUAUAGUUAUUGUUAGGUUAUUUAUGUUGGAGAAUAUGAGAGGGGGAUUAGGAAUUCAAAGUGGAAAACUAUUUUUGAGAAAAAGAUGAUGUAAAAUUGUAUUUAAUCAAAUAGUGGAGAAGGUUAAUAUAAUAGUUUAGGUAUGAAAUAGGGAUUAUGGGUUGAUUUAUAUGAUAAUUUUGAUUAGUAUUUGGAAAAUUUAUUAUAUAAGUUUUUGUCAAGUUGUACAUGUUGGAAAGUACUUAGAUAAUUAGAGAUAUGGAUAAUGGUAGACGGUUCAAUUAAACAUGGAUAUGAUUAUGUAAUAAUUUUGAUUAAUUUAAGUGGAGGAGGAUUAUAUGAUGAAAAUGGAAUGAAAAAUGGAUAUUGGAUUGAUCUAUUUGAGAAUUACUAGGAGUAAUUGAGGAGUUUAUAAAUAUCAAAGUGUGUGUUAAAUUGUGUAUAUUGGACAGUAUAAGAAUGGAUUAAAAUAUGGUAAGUGGAUAACUUAAGCUAAUAAUCAGUACAAUGCUUAAGAAAUGUAAGAUUAUAUUGUAUGUUUUAAUUUAGAGGUGGAGGAUGUUAUGAUAAUGAUGGAUAGAAAUAAGGAAAAUGGAUUGAGAUACAUGAAAACUGUAGUGGGUAUCUAUAUCAUUAUUAAUAUAAUAGAUAUUAUUAGAUCAUACUUGUUGGAGAAUACAAGGAUGGAAUAAAAUAAGGAAGAUGGAGAACUUAAUAUAAAGAAACUGAUGGAUACUUUUAUAAAACAAUGUAAGAUUAAUCAUUGAAAAUAUAGUGGUGGAGGAUAAUAUAAUGAAAUUGGAUUGAAGAAUGGUAAUUGGAUUGAAUUGGAUAAUAAAUUUACAGAGUAAAGCAUUUUUAAUUUUAUUUUAAGAGAUUAAAUAAUUGUUCAUUCUUGUGAAUAUCAAUUGGGAAAAUAGAUAUUAGGAUUAAAAUGA